AUGAGGAUCGCCGCCGCCGCUUCCAAGCCUCUUAAUCAUCUCGUCGCUUUCGAGCACAAGAGGGAUGCAUAUGGAUUUCCUGUGAGACCUCAACAUGUGCAGAGAUACAGAGAAUAUUCUGAUAUUUACAAGGAAGAAGAAGAAGAGAGGUCGGACAGGUGGAGCAGUUUCUUGGAAGAUCAUUCAGAAUUAAAUGAGUCGCUUGCAAAUGGAUCAUCUGGAGAUAGUCAUGCACCGUCUAGUGAAAGUAAACAGGAAAAAGAAGAGGAAGCAAACAAGGGUGCUGGAGACAAUCUGCGUACUGAAAAGUUAGGUUCUGAUGUAACUCUUGAUAAUGCAAGUGAAGAAGAAGGAAGCUCCGAUGCAGAGAAGAAUGUUCAUAGAGUGCAGCUAUGGACUGAGAUCAGACCAUCUCUGCGAUCAAUUGAAGAAUUGAUGAGUAUCCGUGUCAAGAGGAAGGGGGAUUUAUCAAAAGGCGAGCAAGAGGCUCCGAAGGUGAAAUCUUUACUUUCAUUUGAUGAUGCCAAAUCUUCCAAGGGAGCAUCUGAGAAUGAUUCUGAAGACGAAUUCUAUGAUGUUGAGAGGUCGGAUGUUCAGGAUGGUUCUUCUUCAGAUAGUACAAGUGUCUCUGGCAUUCCUGUUUCUGUUGAUGCAUCUUCCGCAGUGUCUACAUGUCCCUGGAAGGAAGAACUUGAAGUGCUUAUCCGCGGUGGUGUACCUAUGGCUCUGAGGGGGGAGCUAUGGCAAGCAUUUGUGGGUGUGAGGAAACGACGAAGCAAGGAUUAUUACCAAAACCUUCUUGCUGCAGAUAGUUUUGGAAACAGCAUAGAGCAGGGGGAUGUGCAGCAUGUGGAUGAUAAAGGUUCAAAUACAGACUCCCUUGCUGCUGUGGAAAAAUGGAAAGGACAGAUAGAAAAGGACUUGCCUCGGACAUUUCCAGGCCAUCCUGCCCUGGAUGAUGACGGAAGAAAUGCUUUGCGGCGUUUGCUCACUGCUUAUGCUAGACAUAAUCCUUCUGUUGGAUACUGUCAGGCUAUGAAUUUCUUUGCUGCACUUUUAUUACUUUUGAUGCCCGAAGAGAAUGCCUUUUGGGCACUGACAGGAAUCAUUGAUGACUACUUUAAUGGUUAUUAUUCAGAAGAAAUGAUUGAGUCCCAGGUUGAUCAACUAGUUCUGGAGGAGUUGGUUCGAGAAAGAUUUCCUAAAUUGGUUCAUCAUCUGGAUUAUCUUGGAGUACAAGUGGCUUGGGUUACAGGGCCAUGGUUUCUUUCCAUCUUCAUGAAUAUGCUUCCUUGGGAAAGUGUUCUUAGAGUCUGGGAUGUGCUUCUCUUUGAAGGGACGCGUGUUAUGCUAUUCAGAACAGCACUAGCAUUGAUGGAACUAUAUGGCCCUGCAUUAGUUACAACGAAGGAUGCCGGAGACGCAGUUACUUUGCUACAAUCACUAGCUGGAUCAACAUUUGAUAGCAGCCAGCUCGUUUUAACUGCUUGCAUGGGUUACCAAAAUGUACAUGAAAUUAGAUUACAGGAAUUGCGUAGCAAGCAUAGGCCAGCUGUGAUAGCUGCACUUGAGGAAAGAUCAAGGGGGCUUCAAGCUUUUCGAGAUUCUAAGGGCAUUGCCUCAAAACUAUAUAGUUUUAAGCAAGACCCAAAAUCUGUUUUGGUGGAUUCGAGCAAAGCCUCUUUGACUAAUGGGAGUUUGUCUCGAUCCGAAUCAGGAUCAAGUAAUGCAGAUGAAGUGUUAGUUAGCCUGACUGGGGAUGGGGAGGUAGAUUCUGUUCAAGAUCUUCAGGCGCAGGUUCUGUGGUUGAAGGCUGAACUUUGCAAGUUGCUUGAGGACAAAAGAUCAGCUCUACUUAGAGCUGAAGAGUUGGAGAUAGCUCUCAUGGAGAUGGUCAAGCAAGACAAUCGACGUCAAUUGAGUGCCAAGGUCGAGCAGUUAGAACAAGAAAUGGCCGAAGUUCAGAGACUCCUCUCUGAUAAGCAGGAACAAGAGGGUGCAAUGCUUCAGGUUUUGAUGCGGGUGGAGCAAGAACAGAAGGUAACAGAAGAUGCACGAAGAUUUGCUGAGCAGGAUGCAGCAGCACAGAGAUAUGCUGCUCAAGUCCUGCAGGAAAAAUAUGAGGAAGCUGUAGCAGCACUCGCUGAGAUGGAGAAGAGAGCAGUGAUGGCAGAGUCCAUGCUCGAAGCGACUUUGCAGUAUCAAUCUGGGCAACUCAAAGCACAACCUUCACCACGAUCGGGGAACCAAGAUUCGCCUGCCAAAAGCAUUAAUGAUCAGUCGCCAGAUCCUCCUCAAAGCAGGAUCAGUUUGCUAGCUAGGCCAUUUGGACUAGGGUGGCGCGACAAGAACAAGAGCACAACACCCGAAAAGCUUCCGGAGAAUGUUAGUGAGGAGAAGAAGCCGGCAGCAGAGGGAAAAGAGACAGACGCUGAACAAAAAGACGCCAAGGUCCAAGACACUUCCUAG